CUCCUCCUCGCCCAUCUCCUCUUUCUGCGCCUCACCAACCCUCGCCAUCCGAUAAUAAUCAUAGUAUUCAAUUCCGAACAUGGCCUCUCGCGAUGGUCCAAACCCUCUCCGUCCUUACUACGUCCCCCCGUCGAUCGGCCUUGAGCAAGAUGAGUUCUCGUUCUCCUCGCCUCCCAAUGCAUCGUCGGCUCAAGUUUUUGGCGGCUCAGCGCGCGACCUGCUCCCUGACCUAGACUAUUCGGACUACCUUGAUACUUCACCGUCGGUCUCCGGCUGGGUCCGAGAUGCUUUGGACGUCGCGACCAAGCGGUAUACUUCCGUUUUAAUCGCUCAACCAUUCGACGUCGCGAAGACGGUAUUGCAAGCAUAUGUGGUGCCAGAUGACUCUCCAGCCAGCCAAUUCCCCAAGAGCGACCGGCGGGGAUCAGGAAUGGGUAGUAGAACUGAUUCCUACGAUGAUAUGGGUUCUAAUGAAGACGAAGAAGAUGACCUAUCCUCUGACGAUGAAAGCAGCUACUUCACCUCCGCAGCACCCACUGUCUCGUCGCCGUCUGCUAGGCGUACACCAAAACCUCGUCAUCGGAUUACCGACCGCAGCGGUUAUAUCGCGUCUUCGCCCUCGUCCAAAUCCGCCUCCCGACAUGCGCUCGCCCUGAAGAACCCUGCGUCAUUGAUGGAGGUACUUUCUCAGCUCUGGACUACCAGUGGCCCAACAUCGCCAUGGAAGGCAACCAAUGCAACAUUUAUCUAUUCAUUGCUCCUCCCGACCCUGAAUACAUUUAUUCGCAGUCUCUUGUCCGCCAUUGUUGGGCUACCGGAGGAUGACAUUACCCCAUCCAUGGCAAGCGAUAUUCUCACUUCCACCUCUCCAGCAGCGACCUUGGUUCUAUCCUUUAUUUCCUCUUCGCUGUCUGCCAUGCUCCUAUCUCCCAUCGAUACGGCACGCACAUUUCUCAUCCUGACUCCCGUCACCCACGGACCCCGCUCUCUUCUUCGCGCCAUUCGUCAGCUGCCAACACCCAACUACACUAUUCCCCCGCAUCUCGUCCCAAUCACCAUCCUGCACUCAAGCUUGCCGAACUUGAUUAUCAACAGCACUCCAUUGUUCCUCAAAUCGUACCUCUCCCUCGACCCCGUCCUAAACCCGUCCGCCUGGAACAUACUGAGUUUCAUCGGGUCCGGUAUAGAACAGGUUGUCCGCUUCCCUCUGGAAACUGUCCUUCGCCGUGCACAAAUCUCUACAUUCACUUCUCCCAGUAUUCGACAAAACUGCGCAGGUCCCGUUCGUCCCACAGCAGAAGAUGCAGCAGCUCAAGCCGCACAAGUUGAGACGAUCGUGCCGACUCCACAAACCUACCGGGGCGUUAUCGGUACAAUGUGGAGUAUUGUCUACGAAGAGGGCGUUCAGCCCACCCCAGAGGCCCAACGCGCGCAGGAACUACUCAACAAACCUUUCCCUCACCGAAAACGCCAGGGUCAAGGCAUUCACGGCCUCUACCGGGGCUGGAGAAUCGGCAUGUGGGGUGUUGCAGGAACCUUGGGUCUUCGCCUCCUUGCUGCGGGGGGUGCAGAGGACGGUCCUAUGCCCAGUGGCGGCCGAUUCUAGUACUUUCCUACAUUUCCGGCUGAAGCAGUUCAUAUACCCCUCCUUCCAUGACCCAUGUUAUUGUUUUCUUCUCUUUCUCUUCUUUGUAAUACCACUAACGUCGUGAUGGGACAUACCUCUUAUACCCAAGGUUAUAUACAUAGCGGCGCCGAAUGAGGGGGGCAUAGGCGUUGGUUACAUGUAUUAAUAUUACUCCUUUCUAUUUGCUAUUUGGCGUCGUGUAUCGUUCAUAUCCAUACCAUAUUCUGCUGGAUUUAGCGCCUCUCUGCUCCUCCGAUUGCCUACAGUGCAAUACAGCACAACCCGCCUAAUAUAAUACGUUCAAUGCCAGUACUUAUCGGCGU